UUUCAGGCCUAUGGCCCUCCAUCGUACAAUAAACUCCAGUUGACUUUAAUAAAUGUUGUUAUGAGCAAGUUCUGAACCUCCAAGAAAAUGUCUGAAGAUUCGACCUCUUUAAAGGAGAAACAAGUUCUGCAAAAACAGGUUUUGGAUGAAUAUACGAAAUUAGCUAUGAAUAUGGAUGCUCUUGCAAAAUUGUUGCACGAAAUGGUUUAUAAUCCAACAAACAAUAUUCUCGAUUCUUUAAGAGAAUUGGAAAAGGAGAUUGGUUUAGUACAUACAUUGUUUAAAGCGAGUGUUUGGGCAAUACUGGCGGACCUGGAAACACAAGACACAAAGACAUAAGGAUGGUUAACCCGUCUUUGAAAACUUAAAAUUUUGCAUUCUUUAUGUUGGUUUGAUUAAAGCUGCAGACGAUUACAUUGCCCAGGAAACACCUUGAAAUGGGAAACGCUGGUACUCGUGUGAACACCUUUAUGGAUCCCGCACAGAGGAAUCGUCUAAGUUAGGGCUUUAUAAAGGGAUGACCUUCUUGCUGAUUUGCAUCUACGGGCAGGUUUUCAAAAAGUGUUUGCUGUCGAUCGAAUUCCCUCUUCUGGCUUUACCUAUGGAGCUUGGAACUGCGAGUUCGCCUUAAAAUCAUCAAAAAGACCUAUUGAAAUACAGGUUAAGCUGCUGAUGGACGAUAAACUUGAGAAAAGUAGUAUACACGGAAACCAAAGUUCCGUAUUUCUCCAAAUCAAAAUCAACAUUGGUUCUAUCAACAUUUCAUAUGUUUCAUAAGUGUAAUAUUGCAAUUUGAAUUCGUAAACUUCUACUGCUUACUGCUACCUUCUUUAUAUUUUAU